GUUCACUCUAAUGGUGACACACGGUGACAGUGAAGUAACGUUGGGACAGUUAAAGGCGAAGUUGAGGAACUUCGAGGCCUCAGAAGAUUCAGCCCCAGCCUCAGACGAGACGAGCGAGAGGGUGCUGAGGGUCCAAGCAGCAACAAAGAGAAAGCCCGCCAAACGAUUAAUCCCCGAUGGCGGCGGAGAACACGUCGGCACAUGUUGGCGAUGCGGAGAGAAAGGCCAUCGAAAAGAUCACUUCAGAAAGAAAGUCUGGUGUAGCUUUUGUAAAAGCAAGGGGUGCACAAAGAAGGACCGCGGUGAUGCCGCUCGGUGCGCGAGCAUGCCAGGUGGUACCGGAGAAGCUGCGGGAGGAGGUGACUACACCCUCAAAGUGCGAGCUGAAGAGACCAGCCUACAGAGACAACAACUACAGACCCACAGAAAAGGAUUGAUCGUGGACACGGGAGCGUCGUCUCACAUCAUCAACGAUAAGAAGAAAUUCAAGAUUUUUGACAGCACCUUCAAGCCGGAGAGACACAGCAUGGAAUUGGCAGACGGGAGGAGCACCUUCGGGGUGGCGCACGGCAGAGGAGAAGCAGAGAUGUGUCUGAUAGACAGCGAGGGACGACGGUGUAAAGUGACUCUGCGGAACGCACUAUACAUACCAUCGUACCCCAAUAACUCUUUUCCGUGAAGUCUGCUACAGCUAACGGACACGAAGGAUCGGAACAUCUCACGGAAUGCAGCAGCCAGAGCCUCCGCUGUGUGUGACCCUGGGAAUUCUUGACACUGAAGAACAACGUUGUGUGGUUUGAAGUCCUGAUCAAUGAAGUGCGCAGUUAAACUUAACAUGGACAUGGGACAUGCACUCGAGCUCCAGAUGUCACUGGUAAAACUAACUGAUGUGACAUUGUCCUUUAAAAUGCUGUCUAUGUGUGUGUAUAAACUGUUUGGUAUAAUUGCGGCAGGCAUACAUACGUCUGUGAAAUAUUUACGCCCUGGAAGGAUAUAGCGUGGAUCCAAGGUGGUAAUAAGUUGUCGGAACCCGGCAUCCUCCACUACAGAAAGAGGCUGCUGAUCAAGUCCAAUGAAUUCCAUUACCUUUUCUGUUAUUUCUUUUGACUUCUUGCUGUCCCUGCUAUAGGGUUCCUGCCGUUUAAAUGUUUCACUCACUGUCAACUGAGUGGAUGACGGAGGUUUUACUGACUUAGCGCGGGCUUGCCUUUCAUACUCGCCGUAUAUUUUGAAUGUGAUGAACUCUCAAAUGUCGAAUAAAAUUUGUGGUAUUAAAUUGUCGUUGUUUUGUUCCACCACGGGGGAUUUCUGCUGCACACUCGUUGCAUACCGCUAUUUUAAUGUCCGUUUCGGACACCUUGAAAUAUUGCCAGACUGGUGAAGCCAUUUUGUCAGUUUAUUUUGCCGCGUCCAGAGAAAAAAAGUGUUAUGUAUUUCACGUCAUCAUUUUACGUCAUGCGAUCGGCUCUCGCGAUCGGCAUGUUUA